CGUCACGUGUCCGAGCGCCACUUUGACGUCUCUCCUCACCUCCUCCCACAAUCAACUGUUCCAAUCAUCCAGUCAACGUUUGCGGAUUUCUAAGGAUCGCAGCAGCCACAAACAUCAGACGACGUCCCAAUCCUUGUGCACUUUGUUUGGAAACCAUGGCAGCGAAACUGAUAAAAAUCCUGAGCAAUCUGAAACAAAGCAUCUGCAAAAUAAGUAAAACCUCAACUAAAGUCAACAAUGUCGCUCAGGGCAAUUGCCAGAGGUCCCCCAGCACCGGAUCCAGAUUCUACAGCAGUCAGGUGCGUAAGUGCACCAUGAUCCCCGGCGACGGAAUUGGACCUGAGAUCUCUCAAGCAGUCCAGAAGAUCUUCGCCACAGCCAAAGUGCCCAUCGAAUGGGAAACUGUUGAUGUCACCCCAGUCAGGGGACCUGAUGGAAAAUUCGGCAUUCCUCAGGCGGCCAUCGAUUCGGUGAAUCGCAACAAGAUUGGUCUGAAGGGACCAUUGAUGACUCCCGUUGGAAAGGGACACAGGUCACUCAAUUUGGCUCUGAGGAAGGAGUUCAAUUUGUACGCCAACGUGAGGCCGUGCCGCAGCUUGGAAGGUUACAAAACCUUGUACGAUAAUGUGGAUGUGGUGACAAUCAGGGAGAACACGGAGGGUGAAUACUCUGGUAUCGAGCACGAAAUCGUUGAUGGUGUUGUGCAGUCCAUCAAGUUGAUCACUGAGGAGGCUUCGAUGAGGGUGGCCGAGUUUGCCUUUGAAUACACCAGGGAGAACAAGAGGAAAAAGGUGACUGCAGUGCACAAGGCCAACAUCAUGAGAAUGUCUGACGGUCUUUUCCUGCGGUGUUGCCGCGACGUGGCCGCAAAAUUCCCGGACAUAAAAUUCGAGGAAAAGUACCUGGACACCGUGUGCUUGAACAUGGUGCAGGAUCCAUCCCAGUACGACGUCCUCGUGAUGCCCAAUCUGUACGGUGACAUCAUGUCCGAUAUGUGCGCCGGUCUCGUCGGCGGUCUCGGUCUGACCCCAUCGGGUAACAUCGGCAUCAACGGUGCUCUGUUCGAAUCGGUGCACGGUACCGCCCCCGACAUAGCCGGCCAGGAUAAGGCCAACCCCACGGCCCUCCUCCUCUCCGCCGUCAUGAUGCUGAAGCACAUGGGACUCGUCGAACAGGCUCGCAUCAUCGAGACCGCCUGCUACGAGACGAUCAAAGAGGCCAAAUACCUGACCGGCGAUUUGGGUGGCAAAGCCAAGUGCUCGGAGUUCACCAACGAAAUCUGCGCCAAGAUUUCCGCUCACUGAGCGAGUGACCGGGUUUUCGCUCACCCACCAGUCCCAUCAAUAAUCGCCAAUCAAUAAUAAUAAUAAGCAAAGCAAAGAUGGAAGGAUUUCAUCGUAACAAUGUGUACAUAGCGUAUUGUUGUUGUUUAGGUUCAAUUUACGUUUUAGCACUAUACUUGUACAUACUUGCAUUUUUCUUAACAAGCAACGCACUUUUAGACCAGCCAAUCAAAUCAAAAUAGAGAACAGUAUUAAGCGCCAUCACCAAC